AUGAACACGUUGUAUCAAGAGACACGUGUGACGCUGAAGGAGCAUUUUCCUGCGAGGAAGUCGAGAAGGACCGCACAGAAGAAGUUGAGGAUCACCGUACUUGAAUCUUGUCUCCCGUGGUUGUUUGCCUCCCCAAGAUUGACCGCCAUACCCGUGAAAAUGGCGGGCAAGAAGUGGGCUACUCCAGAGCAAGAGGAAUUUCUCCUCAGCUUCAUGUCUGAGUUCCGCGAGAGUGCCGCAACCAAGAACUACGAUGAUUUCUUCACGCGCAUCUGGGCUCUAUGGUUCGAAAGGUGGUCUGAGGAACGUGUCAUCUUCAAAGACAUGCCAGAUGACUAUGUUCGCACCCCGGACGACAUUAAGGCUCUGGCAAGAGCAGUUGAGAUGCGUCAGCAAGGGCCAGGGGCAGUGCUGAAAUUUGAUACCGUCUUAGGUGGGGGCGUGGAACUCAAAGGUACACGGGCACCCCAAAAAAUCGAUAUUUACUCGCACAAAUUCUAUGAAGCGAAGGUUAAGAAUGUUGCAGACAAUGCGAUUACAACAGAAAAUAUCACCAAUAGAGGCCCGAAGCUGAACAAGCGCCGUGAGAUCACGCAGGCAGAUGUACUUGGAGGAAAGCUGAGUCUGAAGUAUCGCAAGGCGAAAGCAAAUUUCGCAAAAAAGCGCCAGCAGCUGAAGUCUGGGAAGCCAUUAAAACUCGAUGAUGCCACAAAAGUGAAAGCUAUUCGGGAGCUAGGUCCAAUGCUUGACCGCAUCCUCAAAUAUCUCGCGCACAUUACGGGCGGGUGGAAGUUUACGGUUCUUAUGGGAGGUCGUGAUCCUAGGACGGGUGAAACAUCAGUUUUCAACUAUCACGUAGGUGAACUUCAAAGUGGUGCCCAGUUCAAUCGUGUGUACAAAGACUUCGAUGGAAUGCAAGCCGCAUUCCUAGCAUUCGUUCAAAACGCUCUCGGUAUGGCUGAAGUUUCUAAAUUCAGAAACACAGACUUACGUGCUCCCCAAUCAGCAUUUGAGUCUACCCUACCACAUGAUGAGACAGCAGAGGAUGAAGACGAAGAGUCCUCAUCAGACUGGGACUUUGACGAAGAUAACAACAAUAGACGAGGAAAGAGUGUUGAGGAGGAUAUGAGUCAAGUCGAGGAUCUUGCACUCUUUGAUACAAACAACCUGUAUCGCAUGACUCCCCAAUCUGCCAGUGAUGAAAUUCUCGAGGAUCACGCUAGUGGCUCACAUACUACUCCAUUGGAUACCCUCUUGGAUUCUGCAUUGCCCAAAGCGUUUCCCACAACUGCUAGCCAGGCAUCAGCUGAUGCAUCAACGGCGCUUGGCAGCAUGGCUGGAACUGUCGAUAAUUCAUCGCUCACUACCAAAUUUCUUUCUCACUCUACUGCUUUCGACCCCAUCGUAGAAGGCACCGCCGAUUUCUCUGCCUUUGAUCCCCAUGCCUUCGCUGCUAUUGUCAACAAUCCCUACUUUGAGCCUGGUGUCCUUGACAAUGACUGGUCCAUGCGGGCCCUUGAUACUACCGACAAGUUGUCAGAUUUGCCUGCGCAGUCUCCCACCAACCUGACAUCUCCAGACGACUGUGAUUGCCCCCCAUCAAAUCAAGAAAUGGAGGUGCUGCUCCCUGCUGUCCCAUCUGCGAAUAGUGAGGAAGGACAGGACGACGAUUCACUUCUCAACCAGCCGGAGGUUCAUCCUCGCCGUGGGGCACGCAGACGGCGUGUUGACAGAUCCCCGGCUCCUACAUCAUCCAUGGACCCACCUACAUUGCCAGUGCACAUGGAGAUGAACGCGCCUCGUCUCCGUGCGCGUAACAAUGUUCCCUUCAAUCCACGAGAGCGUGAUAACAACAUUGGAGUCCCGGCACGUCGUGCUCACCCCGCAGACUCACGGAAAGAGCUGGAACAGAAAAAGACAGAAAGAGACCUACUAAAUUCGGGGUUCAGAACAGUUCGGGAAGGUCUGAACCUAUGCCCGAACCGUUCGGGUGAUGGUGGACCGCGGACCUCAUUCUGGUCCGGUCCGUCCAAAACUUGGAACCAUGGACCGGACCACGGCAGCACUAAAUUCAGCGAGGUCUAUUUUUUCCACGUGAAAUUUCUCAAUGGAAUGAAGGAGACUGCGCCAGGCAAGUUUCACAGGUUGAUGGCUGAUAUUUUUGAGGCAGUCCAGAAACUCUGCACCAAUGGCGCUGCCACCUUAUCCUCACACGAUGAUGCGAUGGCAUUCCUCGAUCUUGACGGCAUGGAUGAUGACGAGUAG